CGAACCUUGGAGUCAUGGAUGCUGGUUCCAACGCCGCGAGAGCGUCCUUGGCAGGCUUCGUGUCGACAUCUGUUCUGACUUCAUCCGACGGGCUUUUCGGCGAUAACGUAGAGGAAAAGCGUGUGUCGGAGGCACCUGCUCCGCGAUCUGAAGACGCCGCUGGCUACAAACCACUGUACGAGCAACUGCAGGAGCGUAAAGAAAGGAAGGACAGCGAGUGGAAAGAAAAGAACAAUCCCUUCGCACCCCCAAAGGGUCUCGAUGACGAGGAGUUCGAGUAUAUUCAGGACCUCGAGAGCAAGAAAGAGGACGUUGAGCGGCAGCGUCAAGCUCAGCACGAGGAGGAUCUCGCCCAGUUCUUGGUGGCUCGCGGCGCUCCUAGAUCUGCUGCAGGUGCGCAGCUUACAUCGCAGCAUUUGCAGAAGUUCUCGGGGGAGAACGAGCUGAAGACCACGAGUAACAAGAAGACCUCGGUGGUGAUGGUUAAAGCUAAAAGGAAGGCAGGAAAAGACAAGGUUGCUUCCAAGAGCACCGAUUCUACUGAAAAGGCAAAAGAGGGGCCACAGAAGAAGAAACAGAAGGUGGACAAGUCGCUGGAGACUAAGUCUAAUACAGCAGCACUUGGGCUUGCUGCGUACGGCAGCGAAAGUGACAGUGAUGAGGCCGACACAAGCUAGUCCAGACCAGGCAAGGUGAAUCAAUUACAGGUCUUCUGUUCCAUCUA